AGGGGAGCCCCACUCCCUGGCUGAUUUCUCUCUGUCCCGUCUCCCUGCCAGGCUGCCGGGCGCAGGACCUGUGGGUGUCCCAGCCCAGCUCCCUGCAGGGCACCGAGGGCGGCUCCGUCACCCUGCCCUGCUCCUACAACAGCACCCGGGAGCCUCGGCUCGGCAGCUACACGUGGGUGAAGGAGGUGGCGGGCGCCCGGCUGGAGCUGAGCAACGGGACCCAGGAGUUCGGGGGCCGGGUGAGCCGGGCCGGGGACCGGAGCUUCCUGCGGGAGAGAAGGGCCGACGUGGAGCUGCGGGACCUGAGACCCUACGACAGCGGGACCUACCGGUGCCUGGUGAAGAUCCCCACCCUGGGCGAGGGGGCGGGGAACGGGACGUGGCUCCAGGUGCUGAAAGCGGCGCCCACAGACGUGAAGCCGAUGAUUCGUUUGUGGCUUUUCCUGCGUGGGCUGAUCUGCACCUUCAG